GGCUUAAGAUACCAGUAAACAAUCAGUCCUGUUUUAAAGGAUUUGUCUACAUGUGGGUUGAUGUCAAUGACCUAUGAGCCCAUGUGACAUGUUCUUUUGUUCAUAUUUGUUAUAAAAGACUAAGUAAGAAACUAUUUCAUCAGGACAGCUGUGCUUUCAAAAAUGGCACUAUUGGCGUUAAGUCUGGUGUUAUGUGCCCUUAUUUCUCUCAGUGAUUCUGCCUGUUUUCAUCAACUUCCAGUGGCAGGGGCAACACAUUGUAUUGAUCCCGAAGAUAAUUCCCAGUAUCCAUUGGGAAGUACUUGGAGAAGCAACGGGUGUAUGAGAUGUACAUGCUCCACUAGAGGAAUGAGAUGCUGUGACAUGAUGGGCAAAGUGGUCAAAAUCCACACUGAAGGCUGCACUGUGGAGUACGAUUACAGAAAAUGCAGCUUUGAGGUGUUUCAUACAAAAGACCGCAACAUUAAAUGUCAGUACGGUGCUACUGGGAAGUAAUACUACAUGCAAGGUUAUUUUUGCUUAAAAUGUGUGCUCAUUUGAUAUCAAACAAAAUAAUGUACCAGACUAUCCUGUAUCAUGCAAUAGUGUUUAUGUAAUUAUAUGUUGUUCUUUACCUAACUAAAUGGAUGUAAAAUGCAUAAAGCCUGUAUUGUCCCCCCAAUGAAGGACAAUUAAACAACCUGUAAUGGCAAAA